AUGUUGGCACUCACGGCCGCAGGCGCCAGCACGUGGUCGGGCCGUCACGCCUCCUGCCGUGCGCCGGUCCGCGCUGUCUCCCAGCCCAGGGCGUGCGGCGUCGGCGAGCUCGUCGACGAGGCGGCGGCCGCGCUGCUGCCCACGUUUUCUGAAAUCGACCGGCGCACAGAGCAGUCGCUCUCGUCGGUGCUGUCAGCAUUCCGCCGGCACGGAGUCGGCACGCACCACUUUGCGGGCGUGGAUGGCUACGGUCACGGCGACCUCGGCCGCGAGGCGCUCGACGCCGUGUACGCUGACCUGCUUGGCGCCGAGGCGGCUCUUGUGCGAGUGCAGUGCUUCAGCGGCACGCACGCGAUCGCGUGCGCCCUCUACGGCGUGCUCCGGCCCGGAGAUGAGCUGCUCGGCGUCUCCGGCGCGCCGUACGACACGCUGGAAGAGGUCAUCGGCCUGCGCGGCCGCACGGAGGACGGGCUGCGCGGGUCGCUCGCGGACCUCGGCGUGAGCUACUCGCAAGUCGAGCUGGCGGCAGCCUCGGAGGGGACGGCGGUGGCGAAGUUCGACCUCGACGCCAUCGGCGCGGCGAUCCGCCCCUCCACGCGCGUUCUCCACGUGCAGCGCUCCUGCGGCUACUCGUGGCGCGCCUCGAUCCGCGUCCAGGAGAUCGGGCGCCUAGCGGGCUGGCUGCGGACGCAUCACCCGUCGCUCAUCCUGUUUGUGGACAACUGCUACGGCGAGUUCGUCGAGGUUGAGGAGCCGUGCCACGUCGGCGCGCACCUCGUCGCCGGAUCGCUCAUCAAGAACCCGGGCGGCACGCUCGCCCCCUCGGGCGGCUACGUGGCGGGCCGCUCCGACCUCGUCGCGGCCGCGGGUCGUCGGCUGGCGGCUCCGGGCGUGGAGGGCGGCGCGACGCUCGGCAUGACGCGCACGCUCUUUCAGGGGCUCUUCCACGCGCCCCAGGUCGUGGGCGAGGCUCUUAAGGGCUCCCUCCUGGUCGCCCAGACGAUGAGCCGCCUCGGGUACGAGUGCAAUCCGCCGCCGGGGGUUGGCGGCCGCACCGACAUCAUACAGGCCGUCAAGCUGGGCAGCCGCGCCAAGGUGCUCGCCUUCUGCGCCGCCGUGCAGCGCUGCUCCCCCGUCGGCGCUCACAUCGUCCCGGUCGCCGGAGUCACCCCCGGCUACGGCGACGAGGUUGUCUUUGCCGACGGAACCUUCAUCGACGGGUCGACCCUCGAGCUGAGCGCGGACGGGCCGCUGCGCGCGCCAUACGCGGUCUAUGUGCAGGGGGGGACGCACUGGACCCACUGGGCAAUCGUGUUGCGCGAGGCGCUCAGCGCCCUCGCGGAACUGGAAGAGCCGCUUGGCGAAACACACGCCGGCGAGGGCGACUCACGACGUUACGCCGGGCGGCGCUCGCUGAGGAACACUGAGUAG